AGAACAGCUUCAAGAAUACCUUGAUGUCUUACUCAACCCAACCAAAUCUUGAAGUUUUUGUUGUAGAGUAUUAGAUAUACUGUAGCUUCGUGAGGUCGACUCAACCACAAAUACACUUACGACAGUAGACUCAUGAUUUGAUUAUGAACAAUUUUGUUAUUUUUUGCAUUUUGUGGAUUGUGGUGAACGAUUCAUUUUCAAAAUAGUAGUUAUAAUUUAAAUUAAAUAUUUCACAAAGGUGGGAGAUAUGUAUAAUUAGUCGAAAGAGAGUUACUACACUAUCUCCAUCUUUCUCCAACCAUAAAAAAGAGGUGAAAUCAACUUCUUUCUCCCUCCCAGAAAGGAAUCAGGAAUUUUGCUCAGCUCAACCCCAUCCAGUCUUCAUUUUUUUGCUUAUCUAAAAGGACUUGGACGUGCAUCCCUCCACACCCACCCAACCACCCAUUCCUAAGCAACUUCCACAACAUAAACAAGAACACAUGGGCGAGGCACCAUCAGCCGGCAGGCGCGCCGAGCUGCUGAACUUCACGGUACACGUAAUUCGCGGCCGAUGGUUCUCCCUCUUCUCCUCUUUCCUGAUCAUGGCUGGGGCUGGAGCAACUUACCUAUUCGGGAUCUACUCCAAGGAGAUCAAGGCCACUCUCGGAUACGAUCAAACAACGCUAAAUCUCCUGGGCUUCUUCAAGGAUCUUGGCGCAAACGUCGGUGUCCUGUCAGGCCUUAUUGCCGAGGUAACUCCAACGUGGUUCGUGCUGCUGAUUGGCUCGGCCAUGAACUUCACAGGCUAUUUCAUGAUAUGGUUAGCCGUCACGGGCCAGAUUUCCAGGCCGGCAGUGUGGCAGAUGUGCAUCUACAUAUGCAUUGGUGCGAAUUCUCAGAACUUUGCAAACACUGGGGCUCUUGUUACUUCUGUCAAGAACUUCCCUGAAAGCCGAGGGAUCAUGUUAGGCCUGUUGAAAGGGUUCACGGGACUGAGUGGUGCAAUCCUGACUCAAAUCUACUUGGCUGUAUAUGGCAAUGAUUCCAAGGCUCUUAUUCUUCUCAUUGCCUGGCUCCCAGCUGCUUUGUCUGUGGUGUUUGUUUAUACUAUUCGUGAAAUGAAGGUCGUUCGGCAGUCGAAUGAACUCAAGAUUUUUUACGAGUUCCUCUACGUUUCGAUCGUGCUAGCGCUUUUUAUCAUGGUCAUGACUAUAGUUCAGAAAAUCGUGGCUUUCUCACAGGCAGCUUAUGCAGGGAGUGCUACUGUAGUCUGUGCUUUGCUCUUUGUCCCUUUGUUUAUUGCCAUUAGAGAGGACUUUACACUUUGGGGUCAAAACAAACAUCCCGUUAUAAAUCCAUCUCAAAUAACCAUAGACAAGCCGGCAGAAAUUGAGCCUGAGGACUUGAAACCUGAACCCGAGAAGCCAGAGGAGGGGUCGAAAACGAAAUCCUGUUUGGCCAACAUAUUCAAGAAACCAGAAAGGGGAGAGGACUACACUAUUUUGCAAGCACUCUUGAGCACAGACAUGCUGAUUCUAUUUCUUGCUACGUUCUGCGGUCUGGGCUCAAGCUUAACCGCCGUGGACAACCUGGGACAGAUCGGAGAGUCUCUAGGAUACCCCACAAAGACUAUAAAGUCAUUUGUUUCACUUCUUAGCAUAUGGAACUACUUCGGUAGGAUUUUCUCAGGAUUUGUGUCUGAAACACUUCUUGCAAAGUACAAAUUCCCAAGACCACUCAUGAUGACAAUAGUCCUCCUCCUCUCCUGCAUUGGUCUUCUCCUCAUUGCAUUCCCAUUUCAGGGCUCAGUCUAUGUUGCAUCAGUGAUCAUUGGGUUCUCAUUCGGAGCUCAGCUGCCUUUAAUUUUUGCAAUCAUUUCCGAGCUUUUUGGACUCAAAUACUACUCCACAUUGUUCAACUGUGGGCAGCUGGCUAGCCCACUUGGCUCUUACAUUCUGAACGUUAAGGUAACGGGACCUCUUUACGAUAGAGAGGCAUUGAGGGAACUAGCCAAGAAAGGAAUGACAAGGUCAUCGGUGAAGGAACUUACUUGCAUCGGUACACGAUGCUAUCGACUGGCUUUUGUAAUUUUGGCAUCGAUAACGUUCUUUGGAGCAGUUAGUUCUAUGAUUUUAGUGGCGAGGACGCGAGAAUUCUAUAAAGGGGAUAUCUACAAGAAGUUCAGGGAUGAAGCUGAGGAGACUGAAGCAGAAAUGGCUUUGCCAAUCAGUAAAGAAUAGUGCAUUUUGAGAGGUGUUAGUAGAAACUGUAUAGGGUAGGGAAAAUUCAAUGAUGUUUCGGUAGCUUUUGCAUUGGGGAAGUAUUCUUGAAUUAAUGGAGGCUUGUCCCGUCUUAUAUGAAGGUCAUUCACAUUGGAAGCUUGCAUGUUUUUUCCAUCCUAUGAAUAUAUAUCUCUUCUUUUACAACA